AUGGCCCCAGAUGAGCGCGGGACAGAUUUCUCCGUAUAAGACGGGUCCUCGCCAGGCGUCCUCGUCAUUUACCUCCGCACCCGCGAGACGCGACAUACGCAUUACACACCCACAGCAUGAGCAUACGAUCAAGCCGGCUCUCUACUCUCGCGUCUUCAGCGGAGGCGAGCAUGUCUGAUGCUGCGCGACAUGCGGCUACCGAUGCUGAGAAACUCGUUCGCAACUUCCGUGAGGAGAUUCAGAGUGGUAGCAGCACCAUCGGCUGGGAUGUCGGGACUGUGGAGGCACUCGUUGACGUGUUGAAGCACCCCAAUGGUAUCGACGACAGGAAGUACUUGCUCGAGCAUCUGCUCAUCUUCCUCUCGAAGCAUUCCACCACCGCGAUCGGUGCCAAGCUCUCCGAUUCAGUGGUCGAAUUGCUCUACGAUGACCUCCCGCACCCGCCUGAGACCUACAUUGGCCCAGAGUACGCAUUCCGGUCUGCUGACGGCUCGGGGAACAACCUCCAGGACCCUGAGCUCGGUAAGGCAAACCGGCCAUACGCUCGAAGCGCGCAACCUGCCCACCCCCUCCCCCGGAACGAGAUGCCCGAUGCGGGACUGGUCUUCGAUACUCUUCUUCGGCGAGAAGAAUUCGUCAAGCACCCCGCAGGCCUGUCCAGCUUGAUGUUCUCCUUCGCUGCCUUGGUUAUCCACAGUAUUUUCCGCACGUCCCAUGGAAACCCGAACAUCAACGAGACAUCCUCGUAUGUCGACCUCGCGCCGCUUUACGGAAACGACCAGAAAAUGCAGGAUCAGAUCCGAAUCCGCGACGGCCGCGGUCUCCUCCACCCCGACACGUUUGCCGAGGACCGACUUCUGCUGCUCCCACCGGCGGUCUCGGUUCUGCUCGUGCUCUUUAACCGGAACCAUAACUACAUCGCGAAGAUGCUGCUGCAGCUGAACGAGCGCGGCGAAUGGACCGACCCGGACCAGAUCCCGAAGGAUGACCCCCAGCGCACCAUUAAGCUGCUCAAGCAGGAGGAAGAGCUUUUCCAGAUCGCGCGCCUCAUCAACUGUGGCUGGUUCGCCACCGUCGUGUUCUCUGACUACUUCUGCGCGAUUCUUGGCCUUGUGCGCGACGGGAGCAGUUGGAGCUUGAACCCAUUCGAGGAUAUUAGGAAUCAGGACCACAGUCUGUUCGAGCGUGGACGGGGGAACGUGUGCAGUGUUGAGUUCAACUGCCUUUACCGGUGGCACGCGACCACUUCGCAACCCGAUGAGGAAUGGGUGGACAAGCUGUCGCAACAGAUUUUCCCAGGCCAGACCUACGACUCGUUGACCAUUGAGGACUUCCGGAAGAAGGCGAGGGAGCUUGCAAAAAAGGAGACGUCACCGACUCAAUGGACGUUCGGCCAACUCAAGCGCCAACCCGACGGAACCUUCAAAGAUGAGGAACUGGCUGGGAUUCUCCAGCAGCACACCGCAAACCCCGCCGGUGCGUUCAAGGCGAGGGGUACCCCGCACGUCAUGCGUCUGCACGAGAUCAUGGGCAUCGAGUCCGCGAGGCAAUGGGGCUGCUGCUCGCUGAACGACUUCCGUCAGUUCCUCGGCCUGAAGAGGUACUCCAGCUUCGAGGAAUGGAACCCGAACAAGGAGGUGGCGGCCGCAGCCCAGAAGCUGUAUGGCGACAUCGAACGCCUCGAGCUCUACGUCGGCCUCCAAGCCGAGGCUACGAAGCCGGUCAUGGAGGGCGCUGGCCUCUGCCCUUCCUACACGAUCAGCCGUGCCAUCCUGAGCGAUGCGAUCGCGCUUACUCGUGGCGACCGUUACUUCACAGCGGACUACACGCCGGUUAACCUCACAUGCUGGGGCUUCGCCGACUGCCAGCGCAACUCAGACGCUCCGGGCUGCGGUAGCACCCUCGGCCGCCUCUUCCUGCGCAAUCUGCCGCAACAGUUCUCGCCAGACAGCACGUUCACCUGGUUCCCGCUUAUGACGCCGGAGGCGAUGGACAAGGUCCUGACGAAGCUCGGCGAGCGCAGCGACUACGAUCUCGGCAAGCCGACUGUCAUCCCGCGUACGCCGGAGGUGUCCUCCUACCGGGACGUCGCCCAGGCCCUGCACAGCGACCGCUUCAGCGUCCGAUAUGCCGACCGUGCCGCCAAGGUCAUCAGCGGGCAAGGAUUCUUCAUUGCCUCGGACAACCCGAGCCGGGCUGCAAGGGAACAACGCGCCAUCGUGGGCGUACUCGGCGGCUACGAAGCCCAGAUCCUGGCGUUCUUCUACGAUAAGACGAAGACGCUCAUGGAGCGCGAAUCAUACCAGUUAGUGGGCGUGAAGACCCGCUGCCUCGAUAUUGUCCGCGAUGUUCUCAAGUACAUUCCGCUUCAGUGGGCUAGUAAUUUUGCCGGCAUCAAGCUGAAGGAUCACCCCAAGGCAGAGGGCGACUACACUCCGCAGGAGCUCUUCGACAUCCUCGCUGACAUCUACUCCUUCCUCUUCCUUGACGUCCCUGCUGAGAAGUUGCUGCGUCUGCAGCAGAAGGUCAAGGGUGACAUCGACACGCUCCUCAAAAAGAUCAAGCACUACAUCCGUGGGGCGCAGAGGUCGAGUAUCAGCCUGGUAUUCGACACCAUCACGAGCAUGUUUGUCGGCAAGGACAGGAGCCCCAGGGAGGAGAUCCUGGAGAAGCUCUGGGGCCUUGGAUACUCCCCAGAUGAACUGGCGCAUUCUGUGCUGGCUGUCCUGAUUGCGUGCUCUGUCGAGCUCUCACAAGCCGUCGUCAACGUUGUCAACUUCUACAUCGACGACAACAAGCCCCGUGAUGUCCAGGACCUCGUCGCGAAGGGUACCCUCGACAAGCACGAUGGUCGGCUCCUCUCCGGUUACAUUCUGGAGGCGCUCCGUCUUGACCCUCCCUUCAGUGGUGCUUACCAGCAGGCUCUGCAGGCUACAGCCCUGGGCCACGAAUCACUGACACCAAAGGAAACUGUGCUCCUCAAUGUUGCCGGCGCCAAUCUUGAUGCGCAAGCCUUCCCUGAGCCUCAAGCGGUCAACCCCACACGCCCCUCAGACCGGUACCUCGCUUCGGAUGGCCCAGCUCGGUGCUUGGGCACGGAGUUCUCGACUAAGAUCAUCGCCUCUGUUGUUCGCGCUGUCUUCAGCUAUAAGACCAUCCGCCGCGCUCCAGGGCAAUCGGGUCAACUCAAGCGAUUCAAGGCAGACAUGUACAAGACGAGUACGUACGUGUACCUCUCGCCGGCGCAGGAGCUCGUGCCGUGGGCCACCUCCAUGGUCGUUCAGUGGGACUGAUCGUUACGACCCGCACGAUCGAUUGAUGACUGCUGUAUGUUGUUGGACUCAAAUGUAGCUCUGGAUUCUCUCGUGGUGUACUACCAAACGCUGCAACUUUACGACGCUGUAUACGUUAUCGCUGAUGAGCCGCAUUAAUGAAGUAUCGUAUCCUUUUCUUGUCACUAGAUCAUCCGUGCAAUC